CAUACGCUUUUCUUCUUUUCCCUCGCUUUGAAAAUUUUCAACUUUUUUUUGUCUCUCUUUCAAAAUCACAAAUGGCGGGUCGUGGAAAAACUCUCGGAUCUGGCGUUGCUAAGAAAUCAACAUCUAGAAGCAGCAAAGCCGGUCUCCAAUUCCCCGUUGGUCGAAUCGCUCGUUUUCUGAAGAACGGCAAGUACGCAACACGUGUUGGUGCCGGAGCUCCGGUUUACUUAGCCGCCGUUCUUGAAUACCUCGCCGCUGAGGUAUUGGAAUUGGCUGGAAACGCAGCGAGGGAUAACAAGAAGACUAGGAUUGUGCCACGUCACAUUCAGCUCGCGGUGAGGAAUGAUGAGGAGCUGAGUAAGUUGCUUGGAGAUGUGACGAUUGCUAAUGGAGGUGUGAUGCCUAACAUUCACAGUCUUCUUCUUCCCAAGAAGGCUGGUGCUUCCAAACCUUCCGCUGAUGAAGACUAGAUUAGGUUUUGGUGUUGUGGUUUGCUAGCUAAUUAACGUGUAGCUUAGGU